AUGUUUCGAUACAGUAUCAAUAUUAUUCUAUUUUGCAUCAUUGUUUCAAUUCCACUUACGAUCAAUGCAUUAAAUGAUCAACGAUGUACACCACGUCAAAAUUUUUUUGAAAGUGUAAAGAGUUCUGUAAGUGAAUUAUGUUUGCAAGCUAAACUAGAGAACGAUGCACCAAAUAAUAAAGAUUUUAUAUUUACUUACGCAAAUGGCGCUGGUGUCGGAUUUACAUAUGGUGAUGGAGGAUUAACUGCUGCAGCAACUGCUCGAAAUUGGCCUGCAUUAAUUAAUCAUGGUAUUUCUAUGGUUGUUGUUUAUUUAAAACCAUGUGCUUUAAAUUUACCACAUAUUCAUCCACGUGCAUCAACUAUUUCUUAUGUUGCUAAAGGAACUAUUCGAACUGGUUCAUGGAGUGAAAAUACCGGUAACUUUCAUGCUGUUACAUUAACAGCUGGUCAAGGUACUACAUUUCCACCAGGAGCAUUACAUUUUGAACAAAAUAUUGGUUGUGAUGAAGCUAUUGUUGUUGCUGCAUUUAAUUCUGAAGAUCCUGGUACUGCACAAUUAACAGAAGGCAUUAAAGCAUUACCUUUAGAUAUAUUAGCCGCCAGCUUUGGAAACAUACCACAAAAUCAAAUAUUACAAUUACGAAAUAACUUUCCGAAAACACCAGCCAGAGGUGUUCAAUCAUGUUAUAAAGCAUGUGGAUUGAGUUAA